CCUCAGUAGGUCAGGUGGUCUGUGAUCUCACCAUGUUCAUCCUCCGUAACCUGUCAGUGCUGAUGCUCAUGCUGACUCUUCAUGGCCAAGUUCGUGCAGGAAAGAUCAUUGGAGGCCAUGUGGUCGUGCCACAUAGCAGACCAUACAUGGCCCUUUUGGAGAUAAAAAGACAUGGCAAUCUGGACAAACACUGCGGGGGAUUCCUCGUGAGUGAAGAUUUUGUGAUGACUGCCGCCCACUGCCAUGGAAAGUCCUGGAAGUCUGUCAAGAUUUAUCUAGGAGUUCACAAAGUCACAACGUCUUAUGAUAAUGAAGUACAGAUUCUGACUGUGACUAAAGCAUUUCCACACAAGAGAUACCACGCAGCUGGGUUCAAAAAUGACAUUAUGCUACUGAAGUUGGCCUCCAGUGCAAAGCUCAGCAACAAUGUCCAACUUGUCCCCAUGGCAAACAAGACCGAUGGCCUCGUGCCAAAAUCAUGUGUGGUCUGUGGAUGGGGACAAACCGACAGGGCUAAUGCACGCUUGUCUGACACGCUCAUGGAAGUCAACGUAACGCUGGCUGACAACAAACUCUGUGGAGAUGAAAGCGACUACUGCUCCAAGGGAAUGCAUGGACCCGGUCCGGGAGACUCUGGUGGCCCGUUAGUCUGUGAAGAUGGAAGGGUGUAUGGAGUGGUAUCUGCAAGUAGAACAUCAAGUCAUAGUUACGUCUAUAAAUAUACCAACAUACCUGAGAACAGAGACUGGAUCGACAACAUCAUGAUCCAUGAUGAAUAGAGCUACUGCUAGGCUACGAACUAAACAAGAUCAAAUCUUCAAGCAUUCUAAUUUCUCUAUUUGAAUAUGCAUUGCAAAAAUGUAGAGCUUGUCAUUAACCAGUAAUGUGAUUAGUUUAACUUCAUAAAGUUACACAUUGUGCGCUUUUCAUGGCCCAGGCAGUUUUUUUUUGUUUGUUUGCUUUUUUCAAGACGCAAUA